CAAAUGGAGAAACAAAAUCACUCCAUGGUGUCUGAGUUUAUUUUGCUGGGCCUCGUGAGUUACAGAUUUGCUUUUUCUUGUUUUUUUUCCAUUAUCUACAUAGCCAUUAUACUAGGUAACCUCAUUAUUAUCUUGGUAGUAAAACUGGACCCUCACUUACACUCUCCCAUGUACUUCUUACUGGCCAACCUCUCCUUUAUUGAUAUGUCCCUGGCCUCCUUUGCUACUCCUAAAAUGAUCUGUGCCCUAUUUAGUGAAUAUAAGGCUAUCUCCUAUGAAGGCUGCAUGGCCCAGAUGUUCCUCCUUCACCUUUUAGGUGGAAGUGAGAUGAUGUUGCUUGUAGCCAUGGCAGUUGAUAGAUUCAUUGCCAUAUGCAAACCCCUCCAUUACAAAACUAUCAUGAGCCAUCGUGUUUGCAUAGGACUUGCACUUCUGUCCUGGACCACUGGUUUUGUGCACACUAUGAGCCAAAUGGUGUUCACAGUGACUUUACCAUUCUGUGGCCCCACUGUUGUGGAUAGCUUUUUUUGUGAUCUGCCUCAGGUCAUCAGACUUGCUUGUACUGACACUUACAUCUUGGAAGUAUUAGUCAUUGCAUUCAGUGGACUACUUUCUUUGUUCUGUUUCAUCUUCCUGUUCAUCUCCUAUAGCACCAUUCUGAUUACUGUCCAGCAUCGCUCAUCCAGUGGGUCUUCCAAGGCUUUGUCCACUCUUCCAGCCCACAUUACAGUGGUGGUACUGUUCUUUGGACGCUGCAUCUUUAUCUAUAUAUGGCCAUUCAACAGGGUAUCCAUAGAUAAGAUCCUCUCUGUGUUUUACACAAUUUUCACUCCCCUUUUAAAUCCAAUCAUCUACACAUUCAGGAAUAAAGACAUGAGGAAAGCAAUAAGAAAAAUAAAGACCAAGCAAGUGAGUUCCAGAUCAACCUUGUAA